AUGCAAAGCACUGCUCAUACAUAUGCUCCUCUUGGUUACCACCGUGAUUUUCUUCAGCAAUUCGCUGCUAAAGAGCGUCAGAGACUUGCUAAGCCAACACCACUGACUGUUCAAGAGCAUGCUAUUCACAGAGAGCAGCUAAGUACUGCUAAAUCCCUCCAACCAUAUUAUGCAACCGAGACAAAAAUCAACCUUGCUGGUAUAUUAAAAAAAUGGCAAAAAUAUUGCGAAAUUGUACUAAGCAAUAAAAAUCCAAGGCAGGCGAUAGAGAGUCUUACUCCUGCAAUAACAAUGGAUUUCUUUCUAUGGAUUUGCGAUUGUUAUACAAUUGGAUCUUGUGGGACAUUGUUCCAGUACUUCCGUCAAUUUCAACAAUUUUACAGAUUAUUCAAGGGUCAAUAUAUGGAUCGGAAUAAUAGCGCUGAGGUCUACAAGUAUUUUGAGAAUGUCUUGAUUCCUCGCUUUAAACUUCGCCGAUCUAAUAUAGACGACAAACCCGUCCUUAAUACCGACGCUCUCCGUGUCUUCUUGACUUUCAAUAUUGCCUAUGACAGUAGAAGCUUCAAGCUUGGCCGGCUUCGCCUCCAGCUAAGUGCCUGUUACCAGCUUCUCUGCUAUACUGGAGUGCGGCCAGCUGAGUUAGUGGAAGCUGAGCGGAAGAAACCAAAGGAUGGCUCCUUCGAAAAGCUAUUUAAUAACAAAAUUAUCCAACCAACAAAUGACGACGAGGAUGAGGACGACGAUGACUCCCCCUCGACUGAGGCAUCUGAUGAACAAUACAAAAAGGUCGGCGAACUACUACUGCAAGAGCAUAUCAGUCGUGAUCGUUCUAAGGCUCUCUGCUACGAAGACAUCCUCUUGAUGAUAGUUCGCCACCCUGAGACACACCAGGCUUGUGUUGCCAUGGCUAUCAAGUUUAUCCACCAUAAAGGAGCUGAUAGAAAGCCAAAGCCAACUAUAUUUUUCUUUACUCCCACUAAGAAACUAAUCUUUGACGCUAUUCUAAGCAUCGUCGCUUUAGCUCUAGCUGAUAGAGCGUUUGCUGCAGCGAGCAUAACUAAUGCUCUCCGUUUAUUUCAGACUAAGCUAUGGGCGAAUAGGGAAGGUAUGGUGUUUCGAUGGAAGCAAGAGAUGCGCAAAAUCCCAGUAUUUCGUCGAACUCGAGACUCUAACCUUUCUCCCAAUGAGGCUAUGCUGUACUCCACGCUGUAUGGAGAGAUGGGCCAGCAGAGCCUUGACUUGGGUUAUGAAAAGAGAUUGACGCCGAGAAGCGCUCGAAGAGGUGCUGGUAAUGCUGCUAACGGUGAUGCUCCGGAUUCUGUCCGUGACCAGAUGAUGCGUCAUGAUCCUAAAUUUGCAACGUUCUUUAACGCCUACCUUAAUCAAAUUGCCAAUUUUGACCUCCAGAAUGCCUUUUUAGAGGAAGAGAAAGAAGUCCAGCUAUUUCGGCUUUUUACACAUGUCAGUUUGACACGUGACCCCCGAGCCGUGAGAGACAUGGUGCCUAAAGAGGUCCGGGAGGCAGCGGGACCAGAUCCAGAGAUUGUGAAGCUAGAGGAGGAGCGUGACACUCUCAAGCAAGGCCGAUACCGUAUCGAAGGUUGCGAAGAUGAGCAAAGAAUACGGCAGCUUACAGCAGAUAUUCGACUUAUGAAAGCCCAGCGCGAGAAAAAUAUUGUGAAAGCGUACCGCGAGUUUUACUUUGAAAAUCGCCCAACCUGGGACAUUGAAGCACAGGCUCGUGGAGACAUGGAACCGGAAUAUGAGGAGCCUGCAAUGCAGACUGCGAUCGCCGAACGCGCUAGGUUAGCUGAGAUCUUUUGCUGCCAGCCUGAUAACUGGACCAACGAGGAGAUUCUACAGCGUAGAAUUGAAGUUGUGGAGUUGAUGGUAGCUUUCUGUAACAAGAAAGAACCGAGGAAAGUAAUACAGACUCAGCUAAAAGCACAAAUCGAGCAUUUCGUCAAACAAGAACCGAAGGUUGACAUUAUGUCUGUGCCUGAACCCAACCUCUUCCCACUGCUCAUGGAACCAACCCAAUGUCCAGACUGCAUUGGCGAUGAGCGAAUGCCUCUUAUGGAGCGUACAUUCCGAUGGUGCCGCCCUACUGUGAGGAAUGAUCAUUUUGACGACCAGCACUUACCAGAGCGAGAGCGCGCUGAGAAACGAGGGGAGGCGAUUAUUUGCUACCACCCCAAAUGUAAAGGGAUCAAGUUGAAACAUUUAGAUCAUCUAAGGGCCCAUACUAUGCAAAUCCAUGGAGUUGCGCUUAGGUCGUUUGAUAUGGUCAACCGGAGACGACUGCAAAAAACCAAGCACCGCAAAAUGGUUCGUGGAAAAAGAUAA